ACUGUCACGUGGUUAACUAAAUUAUGUGUAACUUCUGUUGUCAAUAAAACAGUUUCUUGGACAGGUGAGUGGCAGCACUGCCCUCCUUGACAUCCUUGCAAGUGAAACGUGCACUGGCGUCUGUGUGGUUGCUUACAGUAACAGUUUCUGUUUACCAGCAGGAUUGACUUAAACCCAACAACACCCAUCCUAGGCGAGUCUUAGUGGCAGCUAGACCCCCGGGGUUCCAAGACAAACUGGUGCUGUAGAUCUUAUAAGGUUGGGAACUGGUUUCAUCUCCACUGGCUGGAUGGAGAUGUUAAAGCGUUUUAAAAAGAAGUUGGUUCUUGUCUUCAUCACUGCACUCUUCCUCUUUUUGGUCCUCACUGUGAAAACGCCCAGCACAUACAAAUCAAUCCCAAAACCAUCUGGGCCGCCAAGUGCUUGCUCCAUGAGGAUAUCCAAGCAGACCAUCACGCCGCUUAACAAUACCAAGCACUUACUGGUGUCAGCCUACAUGGACCAAAGAGUGAAGGAUUUUGAUAUACGCAUCAUUGGCAUAUUUAGGAGAGACUCCAUCCAACCCCUUCACUGCUUUUUCUGCUGUGCUGGUUAUUUGAGUAAAACCACUCCAGCAACAAUUUUACAGCAUCCAGAUAACUUUGGUUUUCCCUUUGUCACUACGGAUGUCAUGUGUCAGAUUCCUCAGAACUUCAAUGCGAGACGUGUCACUCUCUUGACUACACCAGAGAAAGAGAGUCCAUCUACUGAUCAAUGGCUCCCAAUAAGAAACAAAGACACUGUUGGACAGAAGGAAGAAAACAUGCAGUUUGACUUCACAGUCUGCAUCUCUAACCUCUUUGGUGACUACAACAAUGUGCUUCAGUUUGCACAGACUCUGGAGAUGUACAAGUUGCUGGGUGUGAACAGAGUGGUGAUCUAUAACACCAGCUGUGGUCCAGAGCUCAAUCGCCUGUUGCAGAGUUACAGUGACGAGGGCUUUGUGGAAAUGGUUCCUUGGCCCAUUGACAAGCAUCUGAAUCCAUCUCGUGGCUGGCUUCACUCAGAGCAUGGAGGGGAUUUGCAUUACUUUGGCCAACUGACCACACUUAAUGAGUGCAUUUACAGAUCAAUGGAGCGUUCUCGCUACGUCCUGUUGAAUGACAUUGAUGAGAUUAUAAUGCCAUACCAGCACGAUGACCUGAUGUCUUUGAUGAACACGCUCCGAAAUCAGCAUCCAAAUGCAGGAGUGUUCCUUAUUGAGAAUCAUAUUUUCCCAAAGAAACACUUUGAGCCAAGUGGACGGUUUCACCUGCCUCAGUGGAACGGGGUGCCAGGAAUUAAUAUUCUGGAGCACAUUUACAGGGAGGACCCCGCCAGAAACAUAUACCAUCCACACAAGAUGAUAGUUCGGCCAAGAAUGGUGGAGUGGACUUCAGUCCAUGAAGUGAUCAAGAAUUUUGGAGAAUGCUACAAGGUUCCACUAGAUGUUUGUCGGAUCAUUCAUGUCCGUGUGGCUCUACAGGGAUCAUUAACCCUGGAGCAGCUUAAUGUGGAUAAACGACUGUGGGACUUUCAGGAAAAACUCAUUCCCAACGUGGACAAAGUGUUGAAGAGGGUGGGGAUGCUGAACUUGACAUAGAACUAAUGGAUAAGAUGUACAGGCACUACGAUGGACACUUGUUAAACACAGUGAAUCAGAUCGUGAAUGUGCAUCUUUGAAUCGGGGGCAUUUGUGAAUUCAUUGUGUCAUUGUUUUCUGAAAACAUAUUUUGCACCUGGUGCCAGUAAAAUCCCUACAUUUCAGUGAA